CAACAACACAAACUGCAGCUAGCUUCAGCUUUAACGUUCAAAAGUAGCUACAAGUGUACACGAAUUAAAAGCACUAUCAGGUAACAGGUGAAACAAUUUUUGUGUGACAUUUUUGUAAAUCUCACUGAAUACAUAUUUCAGCUGUUUGUGUGUUGUGGCCGCCAUAUUUAGCGACGAACGUUUAAAGAAUAGGAAAUUACUUUAGCUUGAAAAGUUACCGGUGUUAGGUAGCUGCUCACUCCGUCCUUGCUACAUAUCAGGAAGUGAGUAAAAUAUUGGAAAAAAUACAACCUUCGACUUCUCAGAUAGCUGUCAGAGGCGUUACCAGCCCCCCAUAAAAUGUCAGUGCCUUUCUCCAACACUCACCUCCGAGUCCCCCGAGGAUUUGGUACACUUCUAGAGGGAUUGACCCGAGAAGUCUUACGAGACCAGCCUGAAGACAUCCCUAAAUAUGCUGCACAGUACUUCAACACUCUACUCAAACAAAGAGAAGAGAGUGACAUGGACCCCGCUGAGUGGGCUGCUAAACUGGAGGACAGAUUCUACAACAACCAUGCGUUCAAGACUACUGAGGCUGGUCCUGAAAAUGAAACUACCUCUGAAGUGACUAUUUCCGAAGAAAAAUCGUUAAAGUCCCAAACUGAAGAUGAAUCAGGUCAUUCAGCAGAAGCCUCACUUCUUUCCACCACACAACCUAAUGUGUCUGAUUUGACUGAAGGUACAGCUGAAGAAGAAACCCAUAAUCCUAUAUCUGUGGAAACAGGACUUUCAGAAGUUGAAGCAAUCAACAAGUUCCCAAAUGCAGAUAUACAGGCAGAUGAACUGAGUGGUACAGACGAAGAGAAAGACCCAACUACACUCGAUCCAGUUGACAGUAACGCUGAUGAAACUUGUUCCACCUCGGUUCCAGACCAAAAUAAACCACAGUCUGAGUUAGAGCCCACUGGCUUGUUGUCAUUCGGAGGGAUUUCAAAUGUAGAUGUGUGCGCUCAGGAGUUAGGAGCGACAGAAGAUGAGGGUGCUGAUAAACAAGGAGCUGAAGAUAACGAGACUGAAGAAGAGGAAGAUCAUGUUGCAGAGCCAGUGGACAUCUUUCCAUAUUCUGGCCUUGCUGAUGUGGAUGUGUGUGCUGCAGAGCUUGGAGGAACAGAGAGAACAAUGGAAGGACCCACUGUUCAAGGUGAAAAACAUGGCGUUGAAGAGGAAGAAGGCUUAAAACAGUCUGAGGAAACUGGCGUAGAAUCCUCACUGACUCAAUCUGAAAUCACUGAGGGCAACCAAGAAGAAGAAGAAGAAGAUCAAGCAGAAAAAACUAAAGAGGAGAACAGAACAGGGACUAAAGCUUCUUCUGGGGAGACACAUGAAAGUUUAGCUCAUACUGUGGGUGGUUUAGAUGGUAAUUUCAUACCAAAGGAGGAUUCUUUAGUGGAGAUUAGCUUUGAAGAUGUUCCAGAGGCUCAACAGAUUACUGAAGUUGGGGAGAAACAGCCAGAGGAAGAGGGUUCAUUAGAGGUCUUAGAGACUAAGAUAUUAGAAAUGCAGCAGAAGGAAGAGUCCACGGAGCUUGCUCCAAGUGCAACAGACCAAAAUGUAUCUGAUACCCAAGAUUAUGAUAUACUUAAAAUGGAGGGUGCUGAAACAAAUGUUGUCCCUGAAAGAGAGAAAAUAGAAAGUCAGCAUGAGGUAUUGGAUAUAAUACAAGAGCACGUGGACACAAAUGAUUCUAAUUUAAAUGACAGUGAUGAUGAAGAGAAGGAAAAAGGUGUUAAAAACAUCAGCUCAUCAGAUCAGCCCACUGGUGAGGCAGAAAAAGAAAACCAGGAGGAUACAACUGAUCAUAAAUAUGAGGAUAGUGAGGAGAUAAGCCAGAGCACAUUUCACCAGGGUGAGGAUUCUGAAAAGGUGGAAAAUGAUGUCAAAUGUGAUGAGACAACAGACGAGGUUGGGGAAGGCGGUUACAGUGAGAUGGAGGGUCAAGAACUUAAUGAUCAUGGGCCAGAAAAGAAUUCCUCACAAAUGACUCAAUCAGAUACAUCUGCGGCUGGUGUGGAAGCAGAGAGUGCAAACUUUGAGGUAGGUGUACUGCAUCUAACCGAGGAGAACGUGGGGAUUGAGAGAGCACUUGAGGAGUCACAGCCAGGAGAUACAGUGGAAAAAGAAGAGGUCAUGUCAAAGGAAGCUCAUGAACUUUCAGAGGCAAGGACUGAUUCUGAAGGGCAAGACAAAGGUGAUGCAAUCCAGGAAGAAAAUAACAUCAGUCUCACUGCGGACCACCAAGGAGAGGAAAGGACACUGGAGACUGAGAGGGACACCACAGAGUUUGAAGGCAACAGUAGUGACAAGGUAAAAAUGGACUGUCACAACGAGGAAUGCAGCCGGCCCCAGGAGGAGGAGGACAUCAUGGACAUCCCACUGGAUGACCCAGAAGCUAACAGGGCCGCCGCCAAGAUCCAGGCUGGCUUCCGCGGGCACAUGACCCGUAAGAAGAUGAAGCCAGAGGACAAAGCCGAAGGGGAGGAGGUGAGCAGCACUGGGGAUGUGCUCAACGGCAGCCAGGGGGACGCAGAGACAGGAAGAUCGGGGGCAGUAGAGAGCGACGACACAUCUGUGCCAGAACAGUGACGCCCCUGUCCUGACCUGGAUGAAGAGAGAGAAAGAGAGGAAGCGAAGUAGAGAGAGAUGGCUGGCGUAGGCUGGCUAGGCUGGCUUUCAGGCGCACCUUUUUACCCCAGGAGUCAUUUUCUUUUUCUUUUUUUUUCGACACAAAUUAGCAGUAGAAAACGAAACGUUUUCAGGGCGUGUUAUGUGAAUUUUCGUGAACUUUAACACUCCUUCUCUGCUUCUUCGGCAGCCUCAUCAGUACGGAUGUCUUUGACCCAGAAUUUGCAACUCACUGCAUGUACUUGUGAAACUUCUGGUAGUGUGCUAGUUUUUAGAUGAUGAUCUGUGAAUGUGAAAUGAAUGUCCUCUAAAUGCUAAACAGGGCUUAUUUUGGAUGGAUCAGUCCCUACCGUCUGUGUAUAAACCUUGUACGCAUCACUUUUGGUGAUUAGUGGCUUAAAAUAUUCAUUAUUUUGCAUCGUUUCCUGAUGUGCUUGUAUCUUGACUACUAUUUAUCUAUUUGACUUGCUUACAAAACGAUUAAAACAUCAAAAGAGAAGUAGCUAUGUAUGUUCCUAUCUGUUUAUUACUACCUUUCGGAAUCACGCGAUUAGUAAGUUCUCAACACAUUUCCAAGCAUUUUCUAUAAAUCUGAUCUUCCAGAACACUACGCAUGCAGUAAUUUACACUUUUACAGAUGCAUUUGGUACAGCUUUACCUUCUAAGACACUGGUUGGAUGUGCUCUGUUGUUGUGUUGAUGGGUUUUACUUGUUUGAGUCAUGUUAAUCCGGGUUUGCAGAAUUCCAUUGUUCGCGGAACAAUAUAUGCUUUAAAAACUGAAUAGUAACGUGCUGAACUUUGGUGUAGAAUCAUGGCAUUACACUAAUAAAUCCACCUUAAAUGCA